UAUACGUAUUUCCGUCGUCCAUAAAAGUGAAAGCACAAUGAACAUGAUGUUCGAUAGCGGGAGGACUUACUUGGCGGUUAUGUCUGAACUCGAAUCUCGAUCAUUUUGUUCGUAUAGAAGGAGCGCUCUAGAUCCAAUAACAGGAGAGUUAGUGGUAUCCGCUGAUCCAACACGCGUCGCCAGGUACUUCGGUUUACUUCGGCUUCACUGAAGGAGUUUUGACUAGAAGAUGAAGUUCCCCGAGCCGAAGACGUUCCGUGGUGCCAUAUCCCCGACAAUUUUAUUCAACUGGACCUUCGGGUGUGGAAUUUUUGAGUUUCCAACCGGCCAUCCCCGACCUUUCCUAUCUCUUCUCUGGUCAAGUAUUCACUUCGUGGUUUACUUGAGCAGUUGCUUCAGCAUUGUUCGAAUACCGGUCUUACCGGAACUGCGCCAUACACCGUUGAUCAAGUACUACUAUUAUAUCAACAGUUGCUUUGGUACGAUAUUUACCAUCACUUCAAUGGUUAGCGCCCGGAGAAUACAGAUGUUGAGAAAUUUCAACCAUAGGAUUACAAAGAUCAACAAAAACCUGCAGACGACACUCGGAAUCCCUGAGCACUACGGAGAAGCCUUCAGGUGGAACCUAGCGCAGCUUUUCGUGGCUUUUAUAAAGAUAGUCAUUAUCGUCAUCGCAAGUGGCAUUUUCAUAGUUGAUGCACAAUAUUUCUCCCUCAUCAUUUUCUGGAUUAGUCGUUUCUAUCAAAUGAUCUUCAUUUUGACCCUCGUCUGCACUUACUGCGGUUUGAUCAGGUACACCGGUAACCGGUUCCAACAACUGAACGCGCAUAUUCUUCAGUUGACAUUCGGUGAUAGUGAGACAAAGCCGUGUCUCCAAAGUUUGAACCGCUCUGAAUUUUCACCACUCUCUCCAAUCGUGUACGAGAUUCAUGGAGAUCUGCGUUUGGCCAAAGCUGCGGAUAUUCGACGGAAGGUGUACGUUUUGCGGGAAGUAAGGACUAUACAUCAUGAGCUACGCAUCGCUACCGAGGAGAUAAAUAGGGUGUUUGGAACACAGCUCGUUUUCGUUAUGGGAAUGUCGAUUUACAAUAUCAUUUCACUUCUCUUCGGCCUCUACGUGACAUUAACCUCAACUACGAUGUUUCACAGCUUUCGUCACGAUUACUUGUUUUUCAGUCUUAGUUGGCUCAGUUUUUUUCUAAUAGUAGUUUUUUACGUCGUUCACUGCAGUUCUACGGUCUCCGACGAGGCGCAGAAGAUUGGUAAGCUAAUGUACGAAGUGGCCCAACGAAGUCACGAAACUGAAAUGCAGGACGAGAUCAACGCCUUUUCGAUUCAGCUCUUGAAAAAUCCGUUGAAACUGACGGCGAAUGGGUUAUUCGUGCUUGAUUACAAAAUGAUUUGCGCGAUGGGUGGAUUAGUCUCAACAUACUUGGUCAUUCUAAUCCAAAUGUACAGUGUUAACAAUUAGGAAACUAAUAAGACAGGCCUCGCAACUUUGACAGCAAAUAUUACAAUUUUAAAAAAAAUUCUAUUAACAAAGGCAAAACAUGCCCAAGUUCAUUUUCGUUUUUA